AUGGUAACAAUAACCAAACAAAAAUUCUUGGUCGUUGCCGUUGCCUUUCUGGCCUGCGCCAGUGCCGAUGUCUCCCAUCUCGGUGGAUCUGGCUACAACUAUCAAGCACCCGCUCCGGCUCCGGUUUACCAGCCCGCUCCCGCACCUGUGCACUACGAAGCACCCGCUCCGGCUCCGGUUUACCAGCCAGCACCUGCUCCCGUCCACUAUGAGCAACCCGCACCUGCACCAGUGAACAGCUAUGUGCCACCAGCACCAGCACCAGCACCAGUGCACUACGAGGCACCCGCUCCGGCUCCGGUCUACCAGCCUGCACCUGCUCCGGCUCCAGUCUACCAGCCUGCACCUGCUCCAGUCCACUACGAGCAACCCGCACCUGCUCCAGUCAACACUCCUGCACCCGCACCACUGCCCAUUAAGGUUGCUCCUGCACCCCAGCCCGUGAACACCUACAUUCCACCUGCAGCCGUCCCAGCACCCGCCCAUAUCGUCCCAGCACCCGUUCACAGCGGUCCAGCUCCUGCACCCAUUCACAUUGAGGCUCCUGCCCCAGCUCCAGUCAACCAGUACAUCCCACCUGCAGCUCCCGCACCUAUCCACCAUGAUAUUCCAGCUCCAGCUCCCGUUCAUGUGGCUCCUGCUCCAGCUCCGGUCAACCAGUACAUCCCACCCGCAGCCCCCGCUCCCGCACCAAUUCACCAUGCUCCGGCACCAGUUCACCAUGCUCCCGCACCAGUUCACCAUGCUCCCGCACCAGUUCAUAUUCCUCAGCAGCCCCUCGAGGAAAUCGAGCCCAUCUCUUCCGAUGGUUACCGUUACAAGACAGUGCGUCGCGUGAUCCGUCGCCGUUUCUAGGCAGCGAUCCAAUGCCUGCCUUAUCCAGGCGCCGACAA